AUGAACAAAGCACAAACACAAACGCCGCCGGAGACGGUCGCCGCUGACUCCUCAGAUGAUGAUGACGACGGAAAAGACCAUGAUGGCAACAGUAAGGGCAACGGCCACGACAACAGCGCCAGACCCAGCUCCUCCUCAUCCCUGCCUUUACGCUGCCCCUGGCCAGGCUUAACAUACAUAAUCUGCAACGUAUCGUCGGGGGAUGUGCUAACGCUCCAAGGGGGGGAGAUCACGUUGGCCCCAUGGCCGGCCGGCGCGGCGCGGAACGGCAACCAUGGGGGCAGCGUGCACUGGGCGUGCUCGGAGAGGAAAGGGUGGCUGGGCUUCCGCAACGUCGCUUCGGGCAAGUUCCUGGGCUACGAAGGCAAGAAGAACAAGCGUGACCGCCACGGCCGAAACUGCCACGGCCGCCUCGUCUGCGUCGCCGCGCGGCACCAGAGCUGGGAGAACUUCUGCGUCAGGCCCCGGCCCCAGGGCGGAUAUCUCUUGCUCACAACGCACUAUGAGAGGCUCUGGCGCGUCGGCAUUCGAAGGGGCGUGGAGCAAGAAGAGGGAGGAGGAGGCGGCGGAGGCGGCACCACUAGUAGCACCACGGCUGGCGGGGUGCUGGCCAAGAUCGACAAUGAGGAUCCGGCCGGCGAGGAGAUCGUUUGGGAAUUCAUCAAGGUUUAA